AGUCCAGGCAGUAGGCCAUUUCUUAAGAGGCGAUGCUUCAGUGAUACCUCGGACCUGUUUGCCAUGAUCGAGCGGAUGCAGGGGUGCAGAAUGGAAGAGCAAAGAUGCCCCCUCCCUCCACCCCUCAAAACAGAAGAGGACUACAUCCCCUAUCCAAGUGUUCAUGAGGUGUUGGGUCGCAGAAGUCCUUUCCCCCUCAUCCUGCUUCCCCAGUUUGGAGGAUACUGGAUCGAAGGAACCAAUCAUGAGCCUAAAGACCCUCCAGAGGCUGAACAAGCUUCCUGCCUGGCUUCAUACAUCAAACUGGAGACAAACAGCACGGCAAAGAUCUACAGGAAACAUUUUAUGGGCAAGGAACACUUUAAUUACUACACCAUUGAUGCUGCCCUAGGCCACUUGGUCUUCUCAAUGAAAUAUGAAGUCAUUGGUGACCAGGAACAUCUUCGUUUGAUGCUACGCACAAAGGAAAAGACCUAUCAUGAUGUAAUUCCCAUUUCCUGCCUCACAGAGUUUCCCAAUGUGGUCCAGAUGGCAAAGCUUGUUUGUGAGGAGGUGAAUGUGGACAGAUUUUAUCCAGUUCUUUACCCGAAGGCGUCAAGGCUCGUUGUCACCUUUGAUGAACAUGUAAUCAGUAACAACUUCAAGUUUGGAGUCAUUUAUCAAAAGUUUGGCCAGACGUCGGAGGAGGAGCUGUUUGAGAACAUGGAAGAAAGUCCUGCCUUUGUUGAGUUUCUGGAGUUUUUGGGCACAAAGAUUGAACUUCAUGAUUUUAAAGGUUUUCGAGGUGGACUCGACGUCACUCACGGUCAGACGGGGACAGAAUCUGUCUACACAAAUUUUCAUAAUAAGGAGAUUAUGUUUCACGUGUCCACCAAGCUGCCUUACACAGAAGGAGACUCACAGCAGUUGCAGAGGAAAAGGCACAUAGGCAACGAUAUUGUGGCCAUCGUGUUUCAAGAAGAAAACACCCCCUUCGUACCAGACAUGAUCCAGUCCAACUUCCUGCAUGCAUAUGUGGUGGUGCAGGUGGAGAAUGCAUGCACGGACAACGUUCUCUACAAGGUGUCUGUGACAGCAAGAGAUGAUGUACCUUUCUUUGGGCCUGCUCUUCCUGACCCAGCUAUCUUCAAAAAGGGCCUCGAGUUCCACGAGUUCCUCUUCACCAAGCUGAUAAAUGCAGAAUAUGCGUGCUACAAGGCUGAAAAAUUUGCCAAGCUGGAGGAGCGCACGCGUUCAGCCCUGCUGGAGACUCUGUAUGAGGAGCUGCACAUCAACAGUCAGUCCAUGAUGGGCUUGGGUGGAGACGAAGAUAAGCUGGAGAACGGGGGUGGAGGAGGAGGAGGUGGUGGCUUUUUUGAGUCCUUUAAGCGGGUCAUCCGCAGCAGAAGCCAGUCUAUGGACGCCAUGGGCCUCAGUAACAAGAAGUCACAUACAGUCUCUACUAGUCACAGUGGCAGCUUUACCCACAAUCCCGCAGAGAGCCCCAAAACCCCUGGGAUUUCAUUGCUUGUCCCAGGGAAAAGUCCCAGUAAAUAUGGACGCCGAGGCAGUGCCAUAGGGAUAGGA